UUAUUUGAAUUCAUUUACAGGGUAACCCUCAUCCCCACGCGGCGUGCCUCUGGCGUUACCAGGCAAUAACUUUAUAUCGAUUGCAGCACUGGAGCGAGGACUAAGCCUUAUUUCGUACGAAGUACCUCAGGCAAUGAACACGGGAACAAAUACACAGGCCAUUUCUCAAACUGUCACACACAUGCAAAUCUGCAUGUGUUAGUUGCUGUGGAACUUGCGGAUGUUUGAGACUGAUUACAAAGCGUGACGGUUUGAUUGUGUCCAUGACUGCUCAGCCUGGUUGUACCGCUAGACAUGAGUGGUUUGAUUUUAUAGUUUCCUGGCGGAAUUAAACGUUGAUAGUCCAACAUGGCUGACAGUAUAAUUCAGCGUUUCCAACUAGAUCCAGCAGUUUCAAACAGGGACAGUUAACAGAAUGUCAACACACUUUAAACUUGUUUAUGUGCUGGUGAGUCUGUGCGUGUUGGUUCUGGCGUUGGUUUCAGCAAACAAGAAUACGACCGACAGUGAUGAUGAUUUGACAGAUUUGUCAUCAACGUUGGCGACUACGACAUUGAGGCCUAUGUCUCAACGCCAAUGUUUUCACGGCUUCGUAUGUGUUCACGGCAUUUGUUCGGCAACAAAAAGCAGUUGUGACUGCGAUCUUGGAUGGUCUGGGAUAUUUUGUCAAACACCCUGUGGGUUAGAUUGCGGCUCGAAUGGAGUUUGUGACGUCUUUGUCAACGGUACAACACUUUGCAGCUGCAACUUUGACUACACUGGUCCACGAUGUAAAAAGCGCCGAGAGUUAAACCCAACAAAACAUCCAGAUGUCGCCCAACCCACCACCACGGUAGCCAGCAACUGUGUUGCAGGAUUCCCCUGUAGGAAUGGACACUGUCCGGCUGGUCAGCUGACGUGUGUUUGUGACAAAGGCUGGUCUGGGACUUUCUGUGGGACCCCGUGCUCAUUGGAUUGUGGGGAGAAGGGCAUCUGUAGUGUUAUUGGGAGUCAGUUGGUGUGUAUCUGUGAGUGGGGAUACACGGGUCAGCGGUGUGGCGAGAAGCUAACUUCGACACCUGGGUCAGAUAUCAGGUAUGACAACAAUCCCAAGUCAUCCCAAUACUCAAACCCGAUUACCCAAGAAACAAGCUCCCUCCCAUCAGCAGCCGUCUCUUCAACGUCUGCAACCUCUACACCAUCCUUCCUCUCUACCACCACGGUAACAUCCACGCUUCGUCCACUAUCCCAGCGUCGGUGUCUCGUAGGGUUUACCUGUCAAAAUGGUUACUGCAAGCCAGGACAGCUAAAGUGUUUCUGUGACGAGGGAUGGGUGGGGAUAUUCUGCCAGACACCCUGUAACCUGGACUGUGGAACACGCGGACAAUGUAGAGCCACCCCGGCUGGUCAAAUAUGUGAAUGCAGCUUUGGAUAUACUGGAGACCGAUGCAAGGAUAUCAUCAGUGUUGUUAUACCCCAAUCAACAUUGCCUUUAGGAUCAACACAACCCCAGACGGUACGUCCAUCAACACCUUUAGUUAUGCCCACAGGACUUUCAACAACAAUUCUCCCUCCUUUAUCGGCGCGUCAGUGCGUCCCGGGAUCUUCUGCCUUUGUCUGCAAACACGGCACUUGCUAUAAAGAAGCCACAAACAGGACCACGAUUGUUGGGUUUGCUCUGAAGUGCAUCUGUGAACGUGGAUGGAUUGGAGUAUUCUGUCACGAACCGUGUCCACUUGAUUGUGGGACAUACGGACGUUGUGAUAUCUUCAAGAAUGGCACCUUGUACUGCAGCUGCGCCCCGGAAUACAUGGGUCCGACGUGUGCAACUCUACGACCAAAACCACAACCAGAGGUGCAGGCGCCGUCGUGGUACUGGUGGGUUGUGGGUAGCUGUGUGGCUCUACUGGUCAUUCUUCUCAUCCUCCUGGUCAUCCUGCCCUACAUCCUGUGGAAGAGGAGGUACAUCUUCAUCAUGAAGAUAGUCUACAUGUUUCAACCCUUUGAAGAGGAUGAUGAUAAACUCUUUGAUGCAUUCGUGUCCUAUAAGUCAACAAAACUGGAUGAGGAUUUUGUUGUCCACACGCUGUAUCCUAAACUGGAGAAAAAUCUCAAUUUUAAACUCUGUCUACACUUCAGGGACUUUAUGCCGGGAGAAACAAUUGCAAAUAAUAUCAUUGAAGCAGUUGAGAACAGUCGUCGAACAAUCAUGAUAUUGACGCCUAGUUACAUCCAGAGUGAGUUUUGCAGAUUCGAGUACCAGAGAGCGCAGCACGAAAUGCUGAAGCGGAAGCAGAGAAUAAUACCCAUAGUGCUUCAGGACAUUUCGGAGGACCGGGUUUAUAUGGACGACACUCUUAGUACCAUUUUGGAUACAAUCACAUAUAUUGAAUGGCCGAAGGACGGAAAUGAUAAAAGAGUUGAGAAAUUCUGGAAAAGGGUGGAAUUGUCAAUGCCUAAAAGGAGAUCAAGAAGUUCGGGUAAGUGCGAUGAGACAUCAAAUGGCCAAAGCACUGAGGUCUCUUCUGUAGCCUUGGAUAUGCUCCCCGAAACGCAUUCAAGUUCCUGGCCUGAGUUUCGUCAGACGAAUAAUGCAUUUCAUGGUGUGGAUUCCAGUAUAUUUGAUUCAUUUGAUAUCAAUGAUUGUACGCAGUCCCAUCGAGUCACAAAUAACAUUUGGACGUCUAAUAAUUUCAACAGUGACAUAAAUUGCGACACCCUGCUGGAUUAAGCACCAGAAAGUUAUUUAUUUCUUGUGCAUACUGGAAUCAUGACGGCAUAUCACGACAUAUAUUGAGAACCUUCAGGCGAUUCUGUGGCGUUUAUGGUCGCUGUUGAAUUUGCAAGUUGUUGAAAGGAGUUCAGUUAAGUCUAUGUAAGUCAUAUGUAAUGACAUGCUUGUCUCUACAUAACAUACUGUUCAGAAUCUGCAUAACUAUAUUAUUAUGUAUUUAAAUUGUGAGGCAUAUGCAUACACACGCACAUAUUGACACUAACACACACUAGCACUAACAAAACAAAUCGGCCUCCCAUAUUGAAUUUCGCUCUCCUGAAAACAGUUAUCAGUUACUCUAGGUUUUAAAAAAAUCGGAUUAUUGUGAGUCUAGGUGACAUCCUUGAUAGCAAUACCAAUAAUCCGAAAUGAAGCCUUGAUAAUGACUACAACUUUAUAUAUGUUCUUUGUGAGUCACUGGUGUCUUAUUCUGCACUGAGAUUGUAUCGUGUUACUCUUUAAUAUCUCAACGAAACACUGAGCACUUUACCUUUACCUUGUUUGGGCGAUUGUUUUCAGCCUAGUAAAGUUUUAAUAUCGCUUGUAAUUUGUUUGGUCAAAUCCAAUUUUCAAGUAAAGGCAUUGUUUUGUCCGGCAGUUUCUAUCUCACGCACACCUUUUUCAAACUAAAGCAGGCUAAAUAUACAACAAACAUCGACACACGGACAGUAAUCAAUCACGCUUGAUUCAGUGUCAAGCUCAUUGCUGACUCACUGUACCGCUUAAACAGGACAGAUAUGUUUACAACUCAUGCUAGAUUUAUGCUGACGAAUAAAUCUAGUCAAUCAAUCA